AGAUAUGUUUAUCUUAUGAAAGAAAAGAAAGAGUCAUUUCGAGUUAAAAAAAAAAGAAAUAGAUAGAAUGGUUGAGCAUAGGAAAUAUUUUAUAAGCGGGUAUCUUUCAGAUAGAAGUUGAAAUAUGAAUGAUUAUAUUAUACCAUGUUUAUAUUGCCCGGGGAAGAACUAGAGAAUCUCCUAAGUUACUUUCUUAGUUUACCGAAUUCAGAAAGUGAUUUCUCACAAGUCGAUGAAUACCCAAAUGAACAUAGCACAUCCAGCACACCCAGCUCCAUUUCAUUGAAGUUUAAGCCAGCAGUUUUCGCUUCAAUUGACAGCCGCGUCAAUUACCUAAGUCUGGGCCAAUUUGGAUGGAGUGCAAACAGUGGGUCGGACCGGGCCGGGCCACAAAAGCGGCGAGCGGAGCAGUGGAGAUGCCGAUGAAAAGCCCCAAUGACUUACAUUUGCCCACCACAGCCAAGCGAAGGAGAAAGUGAAAUUUUGCAUUUCUCGGCGGCCGGCGGCAACAACAAUGGGUCUUGGGUCUGGUUGGGUCUGGUCUUGGCCAUUGCCAUUGGCGUGGCAUUGGAGCGGUGCGGCGGGAGCAGAGAAGAGAGGAAGGAAGAGACGAUCAGCGAGCGGAGCGGACCAGGCCCAAAGUCAAGCGCAGAGCUUCAGUCGUGGUUUUCAGCUCGACCCAAGCGAACGGACGUCUUUGAAAAGCGGACGCGGCAUAAACCGCACGGAAAACGCAACGAAAUCGAAAGUGUUCACCACGCGACUGGAAUCGCCAAGUGCUUAGCGAGGCGGGGGCAAUAUACCCAUCCGAAAACAUUACGUGUCACCAUGCCGCCGGCUGGUCAACAACUCCGGCUUACGGCCCUUGUUUAUCUGGCAUUAAGUAUUGCACUCUUAUGCAAUGGCAGCGAAGGUGAAACUAGGCAAAAAUACGCCAAUGAAUCACUCGCGGACGCAGACGAUCCACCUCCAGUCUGGUCGCAGUUUCUCGAAGAUUACGUCUUGAGCCAAAGCAGCAGUAGCAGUGGCAGCCAGCGAAAGUCCAAAGACCUGCCUUAUAUGGGCGGGGACAUGGGCAUCAAUGGACCGCUCAGCUAUCACUCGUCCGCCUACAAGCGACCCGGCAACAAUAUCUACAUCACCAGGAGGAUCGGCGAGGCGGUGGAACUGGAGCCGCAUCUGCGAAAGCCCGUGGAGAGUCAGAGUCCCAUUGUGAAUCCUCUGUUUCGGCCCAUGACCAAUCAGAUGUUGCACCAGCAACACCAACAGAUGCAGCAACAACAGCAACAGCAACAGAUGCAGCAGCAACAGUUGCAGCAACGCCAGCAACCGGGUUUCCUGCAGCAACUCUUUGGCAUAGGUGGCAGUGGCGGUGGUGGUAGCGGUAAUCCUACCCAGCUCCAGCAGCAUGUGCGACCAGUGCCGCUGCAACAGCAACAAGUGCAACAGAUACCGCAGCAACACCCGCAACAGCAACAUCUUGUGGGCGGUCAGCCGACCACAUUCCGAGCUGUCUCCGAAAAUGAUCUUUAUCUCUUGGGAGCCAUUGAAAAGUUGGUGUAUCGAGUGGAUUACCUGGAGAGUCGAGUGCGCCGCUCGGAGCAGCUGAUCUACUACCUGAUGGCCGGGAACAAUCAGAAGGAGGUGAAGGAUCCCUGUCCAGCGAACUUCACCCGCAUCAGCGACAACUGCUACUACAUCAACAGCCAGCAGCAGGUGAACUGGAAGACGGCAAACUCUGCCUGCAAGGGUCUAAACUCCCACCUGGCCGAGUUCGAGAAGGUCUCGGAGAAUGAGGAGAUCAUGGCCUAUCUGCUGAACCAGCCGGCGCAUCGUGGUCGCGAUUACUGGCUGGGCGGUCUCAAUCCUGGCCUACUCUGGAUCUGGUCCAACUCGGCCAAGCCAGUGAAUCCCAACAUGAAUCUCACAUCCAUUGCGAUGGCCCAAAAGGGGGAGAACUCCACGGUCGCCAAUCUGGUCGACAGUUCGGAGCAGGCGGCAGAGGAGGCGGCCGGCGAGGAUGUGCUGAACAACACGGUGCAAAUAGAGGGCAAGGGUCGCUGCCUACGACUGAGUUACAAUGCCGGGAAGCACAGCUAUGUGUACUACGGACAGGAGUGCACCUCGCGGCACUACUACAUCUGCGAACACGAGGACAAGACGCUGGACAACAAGAUCAAGAAGAUCAGCCGCGAGCUGAAGCUGUUCGAGUGAGGAUGGGAUGUACAAUCCAAUCCGAUCCUCAUGUGAUACUUCCAGUUACCUAGCCAUAUAUCGCAUAAUUUCGAAUGAAUUUAUUCUUGUGUUACACAUUAAAUAUUUAUAAAUAUUUAUACAAUUAAUAAACAUACCGGAUAGUUUUCAAAA